ACGUACUGAAGAGUGUGCAGUGAAUCCUGCUGCAAAAUCAACAUAAAUACUCUAAAAAACCAAAAAUAAAAGAAUGCAGAGCUGGGAACUGAUUGAUCUCCUCAUGUGUUUUGGACUUGAGAAAGCGUCAGGUUCACCACCUCUGAACAACAAGCUCCACCAACUCCCUGAAAUCUGCUUUCUUCAGACAAGAUUAUCAAGUCUAAUCCCACAUUUGGAGAACGACUCUUCUUGUCCCUUCAGAGAAUGGUCACAAGUCAAGGAAUAGGAUUACUGAUACUUCUGUUCCUUGAAGCCACGUCUGCAAACUCCUGUCCGCACCCUUGUAUAUGCUCUCCACCAGAUCACAACCCACUAAAAGUGGACUGUGGCUUCAGAGAGCUGGCAACUCUUCCACUUCUACCCAGUUCAACCCAAGAACUGUACCUCCAGAACAACAAUCUGGAAACAAUACCUGCAGGAGCGUUUGAUAAUCUUCAGGCACUGAGUAUCAUCAAUUUAUCUAGCAAUCCAUGGCAUUGCGACUGUGGAAUUAUGUACUUGAAGAACUGGUUAGAAGACCAAAUGGGGAACACGUUGAUUAGUGACAUUAGAUGCUUCACUCCACCUUCACUUCACAAAAAAGCAAUAUCUGAACUAAGAAGGAGUGAGCUUCCUUCUUGCUCCACACCCCGAAGACUCUGUUCUGAUUUCUUGUUUAGCGACACAUUCCUCUUCCUCUUCAUUUUCGUGCUCUUUCUCUUCCUGUGGGUUUUGAUAACAAAAAGGCCUAAAUUUAAAGUAGAGAUUUGCAACAACAGCAUGGAGAUCCCAAACACAUUACCUUCAACUUCUUAUCAGCUGAAAAGAAGAACAGCAAGAGUCUAGAGUAAUUUAUCACUGCUAGCGAUUACUGCAUGUUAGAUUGCCAAGUGAGAAGAAAGGUCAAGCAAAUGAUUUCUGUUUAUCAUUAAAACUGAAAAGAAUUGUUA